UUCUCUUCUCUUUCGAGCUUUUCCUCGGCUUUCUGGCUUGUCACUUGUCUAUCCAUCUCCUCCCUGUACACUUUCUCGUCCGUCUCGUGCGACGUCCGGUCUGGCUUGUGUUUUCUCUCCUCCUUUCUCACUCUGUGUGUCUCCCGCUGGUGGUGCUGGAAAUCACUGGGCCCUGGGACUGCUCGCCCGUGUGGCUGCUUACUUGUGCGGUGGGGUGGGGUGGGGUGGGGUAGAGAAGAACGACCUUAACACGCACGCAUGCCUAGUGCACGUACUACACGUAAUUUCUCCCCGAUUGUCACGAUUCCGAUUCCAAUCUUUUUCUAUUUCAUCAGUCAGUGUGCCCCCGACCCCCGCCUGCUUGUAGUCCCCGCUGCCAAUUCGUUGUCUGUCUGAUCCUCGCCCUACAGGAUUUUUCCUUCGCGCUUUUGGCCUAAGCUCCCUGCCCAUAUCUGCACUACCUUCAGCGCAUUUCACCACGGGCUUUCUAAACCCGUAGCCGCACUCGCUUUUACGGGCCUGAGAUGCGGAGAUCUUUAAAUCGGUGGCUGCUUCUCAGCACGUGACACACACACGAGCGUCCAAAUUGACAACGUAGGCAGGUCUAUCGCAGCCCGUAUACACUACAAGCUACAUGCGAAGAAUUUAUCCAGGCCCUUGGUAGCCGUACGUGGCACUGUACUUUGACUUUUACCUCAUGGAAGCAGAGCGUGCUGGGACGUUGCAACUAAAUGAUUGAUGUCCUUAAACAGGAUCCAAAUAGACCGUUAGGAAAAGAAGGAUGUAGGGCGAUUUGGUGGACAUGGGCUUGUACAAAGUUCUUCCAAAGGGCAAAUUAAAGGAGUUGCUACAGUAGGUGGAGCGUGAUGCAUGCCCAGUCUCAGGCUCCCAACCAAAGCUUAGGGCAGGUUUCGCGGAUGGCUCAACCAAAUGGAAGUUCUCUUUCAGGGUCGAGUGCCCAAGGUCACAGGACCUGGCACCAAGAAAGUGACAAUUUAGGACUUCGCCGAACUGUUGUAGAUAACAUUUUGUCACUAUUUCAGAAGCGCAGGGGCCCUGUCACUGCAGAAUGGCAGCAGAAGCUGCCCGAUUUUGUCAAGCGACUAGAGGAGGGAUUGUAUCGUCAAGCCAUGACUAAGGAGGAGUAUGCAGAUCAAAGUACCCUGGAAGCUCGACUUCAAACGGUGGCCAAACGAAUGACGAAAACAACUCAAGUUGCCCCUCAGCUUGGUUCCCACGGGAAUCUGCCUUCUUCCUCUAUGGGUAAUAUGAUUCCAACACCUGGAGUUGCAUCCACGAUGAUUCCAACUCCUGGUGGUACUGGAAAUUUGAUGCCUGGUCCAGGUGGUGUAAGUGCCAUGGUUCCUACACCAGGUGUUGCAAGCAAUAUGAUUCCUACUCCAGGGAAUAUGAGCAACAUGAUCCCAACUCCGGGUGGUAUGAGUAACAUGAUACCAACCCCCGGGCAUGGGCAUUCAAACAAUAUGUUACCUGGGAUGAAUAGCAUGAUGGCUUCAUCUGGAAAAGUCAACAACAUGAUGCCACCCUCCGGGAAUGGUGGUAAUAUGAUGCCAACUCCAGGACAUAGUAACAUGAUGUAUAACAGUUCAGGUGGAAAUAUGAUUCCCACCCCGGGGGCCAAUCCUAACUCAUUAGUCUCACAACAGGGCAUGAGUGGGAUGAGGAUGUCACAAAAUGGUAAUGUGGGCAUGAGCAUGGGUAUGCCAACAGCUGGGAGCCAAAUGAUCCCAACUCCUGGUCUUACCUCUAGUCAAGGAAUGGGUAUGAAUCAGUCUUCUUCGACGGGACUUCUACUGGCAAAUGUCACACCUGUAGGUAUGCAGCCUCCACAAUCCUUUGGAGGGGUGUCUGGGAACCACAUGUAUCGUAGUAUGAACGGCCAAAUGGGUGGUCUAGUAAACAAUAUUGUACAACAGCGGAAGAAUGCUCUAAGUACAACAAAUGGCAUGAAUAAUGGGAUGCCGAUGAUGGGAAAUAAUCAACACCUUAUGAAUGGCAAUUCAACAAUGCACAGUCAGCCCAGCCACCUAAAUUCAAAUCAGUUUUCGGGGAUGCAAGCUUCGCAGCAACAUCAACAACGCACAAAUCAACAAAGACAGCAACAGCAACAGCAACUUCGAAUGCAACCAGCAUCAAGUCUUGCAAUUCCAAUGGGUGAUGGCUACGCUAUGAAUGCGGCAGAUCUUGCCGGGCCGGGGACAAUGUAUCCUCCCGUCUCAUCUGGAGGGCUUACUGGCAGCGGUCUCAACAUGAGUUCAAAUGGCUCUCAGACACAGAAGAUGAUCCCUGUCCCCGGUUUGCCGUCGUCCCAGCAAAAUACUUCACAGCAACAUCUGCCGCAGAACAACCAGUCGCAGCAACUGCAGCAGCACUUGCAACGGAGUAGUUUCGCCCAAAAUUCUACUGGUUCGAGGACACAGCAGCAGCAGCAACAGGCCCAAAUUCCUAAAAGUCAGGGGAUGUUUCAGUCGAUGCCUCCUCCAAGCCAAUCAACGCAGAAAUCACAAAGUGGGAGUAUGCCGCAAGAGCAGUCACAGCAACAGUCACCCACUCAGAAGGUGUCGUUGGCAUCGGGUCGUACCCUCUACGAUUCCCAGCCUCCAUCACCUCAGUUGCAGCGUCAGCAGCCCGUUGCCCUUCAUCAACAGAUGAAUAUGCAAGCUCAACAGCAUCAACGUCAAACGUCCUCGCAACAACAACAAAGCUCGAAUCACUCCCAGCAAGGUCGUCAGCAGAUACCUACUGCGCAGCAAAAGCUCCCUGACCAGACGCAGCAGCCACAACAGCAGCAGGAGCUGUCUUCUUUCUCUCAGCAACAAACAACCACGAAGGCACCUUCUCAGCCUCCAAGCUCAGUUCAACAAUCAAGACCACAGCAACAAAUGCCGCAACGCUCGUUCGCACAAACGCAGCAGCAGCAGCAGCAGCCGCAGCAGCAGAGGCCUCAGGCUCAAAGUCAAGUGUCACAGCAGGAGAGUCAGCCACAGCCGGCCCCAUCUCCUUCAGGGGACCAACAAACUCAACAGUCUCAACCACAGGUGCAACCUGUUGCAGCUCCUGCACAGGCACCACAGCAAGGCCCUGCAAAUGGCUCAACUGCUUCUGCGCAACCAGCACCUCGCACUGGGAGCAAUUCAAACGGUGCUCUUCCUGGAGGACAACCCCGCCCUGGACAGAUCGAUCCUCAGCGUGCCCAACAGUAUUCAAAGCAGCAACGAUGGCUGCUCUUUUUAAGGCAUGCUAGUAAGUGUACGGCAGCUGAAGGACAAUGCAACAUAAGCCCUCACUGCCACAUGGCCCGACAGCUAUGGACUCAUCUUGGGUCGUGCCGCGACGGGGCUUGUACUUAUACACGAUGCAACGCUUCUCGAUCGCUUCUUCAUCACUACAGGAUCUGCAAUGAUGCGUUCUGUCCUGUGUGUGGACCAGUGAAGACCAUGAUAAACAAGAGACCUCAUCCCAGUUCAACAUCGUUGCAACUCAGUCAGGGCUCACCAGGCCCCGCGCCUUCUCCUGCAAACAAUACCUCCAGUGCUGGAAGUGGACUUUCUGGUGGAAAUCUGCCUGCAUUGCCAUCAGCUGUAGAUUAUGACAUCCAAGGACCUCCAAAAAGAGUGAAGACCGAGAGUGGAACGGUCAGUGGGGCCACUAGCAUGCAACCGCCUCAACAGCACUCCACAUCUGGAUCUGUUAAGACGCAAGCACCAGCUACGGUUUCCACACAAUCUGGUGCUCAGCAGCAAGGAUCGAAUCGACCAAUGUCGUCGGUGAAAAGUGAGACUUCAACAGCGGUAAAAGUAGAGAGUUCAACGACUGUGACCAAGAUGGAAUCUCAGGGAAGUGCCCAGACUAUGACUACAACCCACAGGCAAGUAACGGUCAAAGUAGAGACCGCAAGUCAAGUUAAGUCGGAACCUUCAUCAGGAAUAUCCCAAGCUGCAACGUCUGUUAAGGCCGAGCCUGCUCCCGCACCCCCUCCCGUUAAGCAAGAGGCUAGUUCUUCCGGCGCUGCAGGUGCUAUUAUUGUCGCUCCAAAUGCGAAACCGGGUAAACCGAAGAUUGUUGGCACAUCUUUGACAGAGUUGUUUACGCCGGAUCAAAUAAGAGAACAUAUCAUCGGUCUUCGACAAUGGGUUGGCCAGAGCAAGGCCAAGGCUGAAAAGAAUCAAGCUAUGGAGCAUCAGAUGAGCGAUAAUGCUUGCCGAUUGUGUGCCGUGGAGAAGCUCACUUUUGAGCCGCCUCCCAUAUAUUGUACCUCUUGUGGUGCUCGAAUCAAACGUAACGCUCCAUUCUACACCGCUGGUUCUGGUGAAACAAGGCACUACUUCUGUAUACCAUGUUACAAUGAUUUACGAAGUGAUGUGGUCGAGAUGGACGGAAUGUCCUACUUGAAGACCAAGUUGGAAAAGAGGAAAAAUGAUGAGGAGACCGAGGAAGCGUGGGUUCAAUGCGACAAAUGCAAUCAAUGGAACCAUCAGGUGUGUGCUCUUUUUAACGGCCGGAGGAACGAAGGUGGAGAAGCAGAAUACACGUGUCCUCAAUGUUGUAUGCUGGAGAUCGAGAGGGGUGAAAGGAAGCCACUUCUUUCCUCGGCAGUUUUGGGAGCUAAGGAUUUACCUAAAACGUUUCUUAGUGAUCAUUUGGAACAAAGAUUGGCGCGGAAACUGAGACAAGAAAGAAUAGACCGUGCGCGCGCACUUGGGAAAAAUGUCGAUGAGGUCUUGGGAGCAGAUUCAUUGGUCAUUAGAGUGGUCUCUAAUGUCGAUAAGAAGCUAGAGGUAAAGGCUCGAUUUCUGGAAAUAUUCCAGGAGGAGUACUACCCGACCGAGUUUCCCUACAAGUCCAAGGUGGUCCUACUUUUCCAAAAGAUAGAAGGCGUGGAAGUAUGCUUAUUUGGAAUGUAUGUCCAAGAGUUUGGGGUCGAAUGUGCUCCCCCAAAUCAACGGCGAGUGUAUCUAUCAUACCUGGACUCUGUGAAGUACUUCAGGCCUGAUGUGAGAACUUCUGGCAACGAGGCCCUUCGUACUUAUGUUUACCAUGAAAUCUUGAUUGCUUACCUUGAUUACUGCAAGCUACGUGGAUUUAGUAGCUGCUACAUUUGGGCUUGUCCGCCCCUUAAAGGCGAGGACUACAUUCUGUAUUGUCAUCCAGAGAUACAAAAGACACCGAAGUCUGAUAAGCUGCGUGAUUGGUACUUGACAAUGUUGAAAAAGGCGACUGCCGAUGGGAUUGUUGCAGAAGUGACCAAUCUCUAUGACCAUUUUUUCCAGUCAACUGGAGAAUGUCGAACUAGAGUUACAGCUGCUCGUCUACCGUAUUUUGAUGGAGACUACUGGCCUGGAGCUGCGGAGGAUAUGAUAGUUCAGCUUCAGCAAGAGGAGGAGGAUGGACUUAAGCUACAGAAGAAGGGUAAAAAUAAGAAAACUGCAACCAAGCGUGCUUCUAAAGCAGCUGCUCAAGCAGAACUUGCAAGCAAUGCUUCUAAAGACGUUCAGCUUAUGUAUAAGCUUGGUGAGUCAAUUUUGCCAAUGAAGGAGGAUUUUAUUAUGGUGCACUUGCACUUUUGUUGUACUCAUUGCCGUAACUUCAUCAUUAGCGGCUGGCGAUGGACAUGCAAGCAAUGCAAGAGCUUUAAUCUAUGUGAUAGGUGUCAUGAUUCUGAACAGAAACGUGAAGAAAGGGACCGACAUCCCACCACGAGUAAAGAGGCUCAUCAACUCACACCUAUCGAGGUAGAAAAGGUUCCCGCAGAUACGAAAGACAAAGAUGAAUUCAUGGAGAGUGAAUUCUUCGACACUCGGCAAGCUUUCUUGAGUUUGUGUCAAGGGAAUCAUUAUCAGUAUGAUACUUUACGACGAGCUAAGCACUCCUCGAUGAUGGUCCUUUACCAUCUCCACAAUCCUACAGCACCUGCUUUUGUUAUUACGUGCAACCAAUGCCAUCGUGAUAUCGAAACAGGUCAAGGGUGGAGGUGCGAAACCUGUCCUGACUUCGAUUUGUGUAACAACUGUAAGGACGUUGUUAAACAUAAUCACAAGCUGACACCACAUCCUUCUGCGUCUGAGCGGAAUGCUCAGAACAAGGAAGCCAGGCAGCAACGUGUCCUACAGCUGCGAAAGAUGCUGGAUUUGCUCGUGCAUGCGUCUCAGUGCGGCGUACCUAGUUGCGCUUAUCCGAAGUGUCGUAGCGUUAAAGGUCUAUUCAGGCACGGGAUGAUGUGUAAAGUACGCGCAUCAGGUGGUUGCGCUCUAUGCAAGAGAAUGUGGUAUCUGCUCCAACUUCAUGCCCGUGCUUGCAAGGAAUCCGAGUGCCGCGUUCCUCGUUGCAAGGAUUUGAAGGAGCAUGUUAGGAGAUCAAAUCAACAGCAGGAGUCCCGUCGCAGAGCUGCAGUAAUGGAGAUGAUGAGACAGCGGGCUGCAGAAGCUGCGGGUGGUACAAGUUAACGGUAGAAAUUUGGACGGCUCCAGAUAUGUGGCGGUGGAAAAGUAGAUGCUACUGUCUGCGUUUAUGUGAAAGACGACUGUUAAUGUUGACAAGGGCUCAAGUGUUUAGGCAUUGUCUUCUAUACAUCUUAGAACAGAAUGGAAACCUUCUAAUGAGUCUGUUGUGGCGCUCGGACUGGAGAAGCAUACACAACUUUGCACAAGGGACAUUCCCUGUAAAAGGCAGGUUAUUGACUUGCCAAAUUAUGCGGUUGUCUUGCUUUGUAGAUAGAAACGUUCGAAGCACGCUUAGCCACACCUUACUGAUGCUUCAGAGGUAUCCUGUCUUGAAAAUAAUAUCUUAACGAUUGCAAGCUUUAAUGGGUAGAAUUAUCCCUUUGGCUUGCAACGUCAUGCUUGUGCUGAUACAAGCAUGAGUAGUGAAGGAUGCUACUUUGCCUGGACCCGUCAAUGUGAGCGAGUUUGUCCACGGUCGGAUCGAGGUGUGAUAACUCACGUGUGGACAUAUCGACUCGAUCCAUAUAAGCAGCCGUAGCUUCCCCGAGCACAGCGACUCAGACAGAUUGCAUCAAGGAACUUCAUGUACUGAAGGGUCAUCAUGAAAAUGGGAACUCAUUUGUUCUUGGAUUGGUCUGGAACACGACAAUUUUCCAAGGUGUAAGUUGCCCGUUGUACCAAGUUCAGUUCCCACGACGAAUACUGUUGUGCUGGAUGAAUUUGCUACUCGAUAUCUUCGCAAGUCACUUCCAGUGGUGGUUUAAGCUAAAUCUGUGACCAUUGCGUUGCUGGUUUGAUUGGCGGGCUGCAAAUGUGUUGGUUCUGCUUUAGUACUGCAGCUGCGAGAUGGUUCUUUCAACUGUCAGGAGGUCGUGAUUAAUCAUUUGAACAGGAAAAUCCGUCAAAUGAUCGGCAACUUUGAGUCUGGUAUUUAGAAGAUUGUACAGAGCACAAUUAGAAUGAGAUGCACUGUUUCAUCCUGUGGUUUAUUUUUCGAGCAAAUCUAAAUCAAUUUUGCGGAAUCAUCGUUGUAAUCAUAUAAUGGGUUUCAAAGGCUUCUCUCUCGGGGGAAUUUGCUGAACAAGUUUUGCAACCCCCGAGAGUUCUAGAGAUGAGGUUUGAUGGUAACUUGGCGGUUUGUUGCUUUAAAGGUUUAGGGUAUAUAUGGUUAUUUGGAUAGGUUUUGGGUGGUUCCGGCUGAAAUGUCAACAUUGGCAUAUAGAGAGCAAGGCAGUUAAGUUCUUCAGAGCGCAAUUCAUUCGCUACCUGCUUGCUCCUAUUUUCACCUAUUUACCAUCUGAUGGGGAUGAUUGCCCACACAGUUUAAUGGGUUACUUCUCCACUCUUCCCUGUUAUUUCUUGACGAGACACACAUAUUGGAUGGUGGUGAUACAGACAAGCUGGUGUAGAAUUAUAGCCUAGAGGCAAGUGAAACAGAGGCCACGAGUAACUCUUGUUUUUGGUAGAUCUCCCUUGAAAAUUUGGGGAACAUUACAUGAGAACGGCGGGUUUAUGCUCGCAUUUUUCUUGGAUAUACCGUCUCUUAUCAUAUGUCUGGAUGGCUGCCGGACCUUCCAGCAGAGGAGUGCCAUUUGCGUGUCCAGUCAUUGUCUCCUCUCGUGCGGUCUCUGUUGACCACAUGGUCACACCGGUCUCCUUCUUCAUUGAGGACCCAAGAACCCAAUAAGUGUAGAUUUUAUUACUUCGAGGACUGUAAGUGUGCGAAGGUGCACAGUGUACUUUUACCACAAUAAAGGUCCUCUUCUGAUGCUACUCCCGAAGUAAUUGAGCAUGCUUAUUCUCUGAGUAAGGCUUAUUAUCCCCAAUGUGAACCAUUUUUCAUUGCUCUGUUCAGCAUUGCAUUUUUCAUUGUUCUCAAGUAAGAACCAACUCAGCAGUAAGCAUACUCCUGGGUUAUGAAGAGGUCC